UUUUUGCACCUGGACCUUUCCAAAUACAGAUCAUACCAACAUGAUACCCAGCAAAUGUGCAUAGCAUUUUGGGUUUUCCUGCAUGUUACUUGGGAUAGUAAUUAGUUCGACAAAGGUUGAUUGCAUAUCCAUUAAGCGGAACAUAUAGAGACUGUUAACAUCACAUUACUUCUAAUGCGUAUACAUACAUCUCAUUUUCAUAAAUACUCUAUUUAUAUUUGUAUCUUUUGUGUUGGCCAUGCUUCCACGAGAAGCAUGUAACAUUUGCCGUACGUUUAAUGUUUUGUUAUAGACACAUGUCUUUAAAUUUUGUCAACCAGGUUGAGUCAUUGUAUUAAAAGUGCUAUAAUAUGAUUAUGGACUAAUUGCUCGGAGUUUUGUGCAGUCACUGUUAAAGUUACAGACGUACAUUCAACAAUGCUGGCGAAAAAGAGAAGGAAAUCAGGUUAUGAAGACCAUUUUGAUGAAAUCCCAACAGCGAAAAAGACGAAUUUAUUUUGUGCAAGUGUAUUUCGAAAGAGCAUUCAAGGAGAGGACGCCAUUACAGCUGUAAAAGAAUUUGUAAAUCUCUGCCAGUCAGCGAACACUCAAAAUGUUGUUCUCCAGUAUCUGGAGGCAGGUGGAGGCACACAGGAACUUCUUGGACUUCUGAAAUUAGAUCAGAAGAAUAAUAUGACUUCUGCUGUGCCUAUAUUUUCUGCCUUGCAAUGUAUCAUCAUGAAAACCCUAACUGAAGCUCAACAGUACAGACCUAGUGUAGAAGAUGGAUGUAAACAUCUUCUGAAUCUUCAUCUGUCGACAAUACAUCAUAUGUUGUCUUUGAAGAGUACUGCAAAACAUAGACAGAUAGUACUUAAAUUGUUAACAGCCAUAGUGACCCUUAGUUCUCAACUAGCGCGGAUGAUUUUAAGCCAUGUGAAGAUCAGUCUUCCAUUGCGGGCUGUACUAAUAAAGCACACAAAACCAGUGGACAAGAGUGUGCGCACUACUUUCAUACAUUUCUUAAUGGCGUUCCUUUUUGAUGGCUCUGUGUCAGUCAUUUGGCCUCUACUAGAUAUUAAAGGUCUACUUGCAAGUAUAGUUCCUGGAUUAAUAUAUGAUGACUGUAACACAGUGCAUCUUGUGCUCGCAACAGUGCAAGAUAAAGUACUGAUGAAUACAUCAAUUUCUAAGACAGCUAAGCUGCACACAUUCAGUACACCAGUUGUGAGAUCUCUUUUUGCACUUUAUGAUUGGAAAGGACCAGUUAAGUGGAACCCCACUGGGAAGAAUCGAAAUAAUGAAAUUGAAGAUACAAAUAAGGAUGAUGAUGUGGAACAAAGAGAAGGCCAGCAGAUAGUAGCAGAUGCAGUUCAUGACUUCCUCCAAGUUCUAUGUGCCUCUCAUAAAUAUGGCAUUAUUUUUCACGACAGAAGUAUUGGUACAUCUGGCAAGAAGCAUAAUGAAUUAUUGCAAACCGUAUUGGAAAAUUUGGAGAGACCAUGGGAACAUGAACAAAAAGCUAAACUGAUUAUCAAGAUUGUUGCUGCUUGCCCUGACCUGAUGAAAUGUGUUUUAGCAAAUGUACAACCAUAUUUGGAGCCCCGAGUUUCUGUCAGUUGGUUGAAAGCCAUUACCUUUGUGAUGCAGCUAGUACAAAGUUUGAAUCCGGAGCAAGCUCUGAAGCCAUAUGCUGAUACUUUGACAGCGCACAAAAUAACAAAUGUGGUGCAUACGUUGACAGUGCCAUCCGUUUUAUUAAAAGAAAUUGGUUCACAGCUGCUUCCACAUAGACAACUAGUUAUCAGGCAUGAGGCAGUGAACUUACUGCUUGCCAUGCUGAAACAAUUCAAUACAUUCGUUACUUGCAUCGAACAGUGGAAUCUUAUCGAUGCUUCUUCUCAAAAUGCUUUUAAACAGAGCGUUGUGAAGAAACUACCAAACUCUGAGAUGAUGAUAUCUUUGUGGAACAUUAAUCUGUCAGUGCCUGAAGGAAAUGAAGAUGAAGAAAACUCUCGGUCAGAUCAGAUUGUCCCCGAGCCAAAAUUAAGCUCACAUCUGUUGGCAAUGAUGGAUUUAUUUCUGCUCUAUAAUAAAUGCUUUCCAGACACGUUGGACAUUCCCAAUUCCAUAAAUUUCUUAACAGACAUUGAACAUAUUAUGGCAAAUGAAGAAGACCAUGAAGCUGUGGCUGUUUUACAAGAGAGAGUCUUGCAACUUUUGAUUACGUUAGACAGCUUUGCAUUUACACCUGAUAAGGAAAUGUUUGGUGAUGCUAUUGAUCGUCUUUCUUACCUGGUUGAUUAUCCUUCAACCACAAUACCCUUAGAAGCCAGGAAUAUCCUGUGUACCCUUUUGAUCAACACGGGACUGUUUGAGGGAGUUGUGAGUGAAGUGUUUGUGUGGCUGCACUGUUACCUUGCAGUACCUGCUGACCACAGAAAAUCUGUCGCCAGGCUUUUAGUGGAUGCAAUUGUACGUGUUAGUCGGAAUACAGCAAUGUACAUAGACUUCAUCAUAAAAUCUGAAGAAGGAGCAGAAGAUACUAGGAAAGUAGUGGACAACAGUCAACUGGAAGAUAUUUUUGAUGAACUGUUGGAAGCAUCAAGUGAUGAAGCCCUUGGAGAAAGGGUACAAGAAUUUGAAAACACUCCUGCUAGUACUGCUGUCUCUCUAAGUCCAUUACUACCAGGUGUAUUAGAGACUGCAGCUACUGUAUGUGAUAAUGAUCAGCUUGAGGGCGUUAAAUACUUUAUAUCAUGUGUGGUGAUUCAUUUGCUGCACUCGCAGACUUUGCCAGGAACCAUGUUACACCUUUUACAACGUUGGCCUGUGCCAUUGCCAUCUGAAGUUAUGUCGUAUGUCAGCGGAUGGUUAUCCGACAAGUCACCUGAGCCCCUCAAGAAACCAUUUGGAAGACACAGCCCUGAGAGGAAGCUUAGUAAUGCCCUUUUACAGGCUGAUGGGAAUUCUGUCAGUAACAUUGUGGAUCCUUCUUCAGUAAAUAAUGAAAGCAGUGCACUGGUUCCGUUAAAAGAAUCCACAGUCCUUUUUGGCAAAGAAAGGUCAUGUAUCAGAGACCCAGUCCAUGUACUGCUUCUCUACAAGUUGUCUGUGUUUCACAUGACGCAGCUUGCAUUUCGUGGGGAAUUUACCGAAAAACUGAGAGAUAAAUGUAAAGAGGCACUGUUAUCAUUGUUACGUGUCGUAUCUCGCGUAGACAAACGUCAAGAUGAAUCAGCUGAAACCUUCUCAAUGGAAAUGCUUCAUUUAUUAGAUCAGGAGUGUUUGUCACUUCAUUGCCUUAAGCAUACAUUUACACACCCAUUUUUGCUACACUUUUUCACUCCCAUAAAUCAAAAGAAACAGACAGUUCAAAAAUUAGUUACUGAGCUUGUUUUAGAGUUGCUGAAAUUGUCAUCCUUUUUGAAAAUUGAUAUGAUUUCUUUGAGUGGUAUCUUAAAGCCAUUCAAACAGAAACUAAUCCAACACAUCAUCAGAAGACUGAAGAAAAACAAAUUGUCAAGUUUGAAUAUGGACAGUGUUGUGCCAUUUGUAGAAUUGUUUGAGUUAAGUUUCUCAGACGUCUUGAUACUUAUGGACCGUGUCGUGGCAGUGCCAACAGAAGCAUUGAUUUGUACGAAAGAUGGUUUACAUUCCCUGUCAGUUUGGGGAACUCUUCUAGUGUACCUACUGGGCCGUUGUAUAACCUUGCAUAAACCUAUCGCAUUAGGUAUGGUUACUUCAAUAGCAAACCAUGUGGCUCACCUAGCAAAGCAAGAUCAGCUUCAUUGUACACUGAUGGAAGAACACUUCCUCCAGUAUUUGGAGCAGUUUCCACACCAUCUUGAACAUAUACAAACACGAGUGCUUCUGAGACUGCUGCAGCAGCAAAAUAUUGGGAGCUCUUCUGUAAAACUGACUGUAUUGUUGCUUAGUCGCAAACCAGUCCUGAUUCAUGAUUUUAUCUCGCUUGCAAGACAAAGAAAAAAACUGAGACAAAAUGCUGCUGUUGUUUUACCACUCUUAUCCACUGCUUUCAAAUGCAAUACUGCAAAAAUUGAACAAAAUAUUCUCAAGAAAAUAUAUAAUGAGUAUAGUACUGAAAUUCGGGCAGCAAUUUUGACACCUUCUGAGGCUGCAGAAUGGCUGAAGUAUUACAGCUCUGUUGUUGUACAACUUGUGUACAAAUGCAUGGGUAUUAAAGCGUGUAAAGACCUUUGUCGUGAAGUGAAGUCAAGGGCUGUACAGUUGGACAAGUAUGAAGAGUUCUACGUAGAUCUCAUCAAAUGCAUGUUUACAAAAAUUAUAAAAAAUGUGCAUAAUAGUGGACAGUCUCAGUUAGAUUUUGUAUUAUUGGUACUUGAGAUGAUGGUCAAUUUGUCUAAGGAAAAUGUACUGGAUCAGAAACAGAUGGAAAAUAUGUGUCAGGCGUUACAAGACUGUGCGGCGCUAACUGAUAAAUGGCAAGAUAUUUCUGCACCUAUAAAGAAGAGCUCUGUAUGGUUGUCUUUCAUUAAAGUAUCCCUAAAGUUUGGUCUGCAGCCCCAUCAGGAUACCAGUGGCAAGUUACUUGAUACUCUGGUCAAGCUUUGUGACAUCAUCUAUGAAAAUCUUACAGAAGAACCUCAAAUAGAUGAAAUAUUCCAGUGGGCUUUGUCACAUUCAGAAUUUCUUACCGUCAUGCUCGGGACAACACAAAAAAAAGGUAAACUUGUGGAACUUCUGUUUCUACUUGUCAAGAAGGACUCGUCGGUAAUGUCAUCCUCACACAUUCCAAUUUUUCUGGGAUCUUAUAAUGCAACGUUGGACCCGACUGACCAACUUGUUCUCGGAUUACUUCAGAGUUAUGAGGCUGGAGGAAUAAGCUUGCAUGAGUGUCGGCCAUAUCUUUGGGGUGAAGCUGCCGUCAGCCACUACAGUGUCAAAUCUAAAGUGGGAAUGUCAUUAUGGCGGCAGCCGCAAGCAAACCAAGUGCUGGAGCUGCUUGAUAUGAACUGCGUAUUAGAAACAAUAAAGAACUUUCCCCUCAACAGAGGAUUAAAAGCUUCCGAGUCUCUCGAGUGCGGACGUAAGGUAUAUGAUCCGGCCUUCCUGCUGCCACUGUUCAGUCACUUGCUAGCUCCUGAAUCUGUGGUACACACUUACAAGUUCAUAAGUUCUGGUGGCUUGGCUGUUACAUUGGCAGCACUGUGCUCUGCAUGCGAGGAUACUCGAGCUGCAGCGUACCAUGUCGUAGCCAGACUGUACUUCCACGAAGAAGUUUGUAGAAACGUUAAAGGAAGAUUGCUGAGUCUGCAGUUUCUGGAUGCUGUUCGCAAUGGAGUGGCUUCGCUGAAGAACGAGUCCCUGAAUCCGCAGUUACCGUGCAUUGUGACGACGUUUCUUGCUAGAACUUCGCUCAUUCUGUCGCAGACUCAUCACGAGUUUUACGUUCCAUUGCAGAAUUUCAUCAUAGCCAAAUCAUCGGUUAAUUUGAAUACCAUACCAGAGUUCUUCACUUUCUUGCAUAGCUCUGAAGUUGAGUUCAGGACAUAUCGCCUUUGGAUCCUGCGGGUAAUUCGAGACGGCAUGAAGAGUAAUUUGGAUUUCCGAUUAAGUCAGAGAUGCGUCGUCUUCAAGCUGUUACUGGGAUUCUAUUCGUCUGUUCUUGCAGAUGACGACACCAAGAAAUUGAUUCUUGAAGUGAUUCAGUCAACCGUGAAGAUUCCUACCGCAGCCAAAGUGCUCGUGUCUACAAAUGGUCUCGUGUCGUGGUUGCACCAGACGAUCCGACAGCUUUCUCGGCAUGACACCGUCUUCAUCAGCACGUUAAUCGACAUCGUCUCGUCUUUACAGACCGUUCUUUUCGAUGCGACUGAACUGAAAGAUGGCGGCACUGGGAAAACUAAAUCGUCGGUGGUUCAGUACUUUCCGCAUUACAUUUUGCUAUUGGAAUUGGAUCUCCUGCCCAAGCUCGGAUCAAAAAUGGCGGUGGCCGACCUCAGAAAGUAUCUGAACACUAUUCAAGCUGUAAUAUCAUUCCAAAACACUAAAGCGAUCAACAGUUUAAUAAGCACGCAAAAAAUGUUUGAAAUUGUUCAACUGAGUAAAGAGGUCUUGGGUUCGGUCUUGGAUUGCGAGGAUCUGUUGACGUACGGCUGUAAAUUCGCGCCAACGACCGAAGAAGAGAGCUUGGCGUUUGAUUCGGUGGAUGAUAAUGAACAGGCAGUGUAUCAUUUGAGGAAUCUAAUCAUUGAAUGGUUGCAGAAAAUACAUAACAGCCAAGCAGCCAAAUGAGCAUCUUCUAUUUGUAUCUGUGAUGGUUGUAUUUAAAAUUAUUUCUGUUUUUCAAUAAAAUGUGAACGAGUUUUAUUUCCCUUACCUA